AUGUAUUUCGUUGUUGAGCAAUGGAAGCUAAUAAACCUGAAACCAAGUCAACUUGGCCCAAACUACCAACAAAACAUAGAGGAAAUGUUGCGAGAUCAAGUUGAAGGCCACUGUACUGCGAAAUAUGGAUACGUAGUAUGCGUAAUCCGUAUAGUACACAACGACAUGGGAAGAGUGCAAGACGGAACGGCAAUGAUAGUAGUAAACGUAAAAUACCAGGCAAUAGUAUUUAAACCGUUUAAGGACGAGGUUCUCGACGCAAUAGUGACAGACGUGAACAAGCUGGGAUUCUUCGCUCAAGCAGGACCGCUGAAGGCUUUUGUGUCAAGAAACUCAAUACACCCAAACUUCGUGUACGAUAACGACGGAGCAUAUCCGUGCUACACAGACGGAACAAUAAACAUAAGGGCACAGUCUGAAGUGAGAAUGAGACUUCAGGGUAUAAAGUACGACAACGCAAACAUGUUCGCAAUAGCAACGAUAAACGCAGACCACCUGGGAGCGUUCGAAAGCGACUCGCAAGCAUACAACAAAGUAGUAUAA